ACCCUAGGUCUGAGAUGGAGACCUUCUCUCUGCUGCUCCUCGGUUUGGGGGUGAUUCUUGCAGGAACUCCAGAAAGCAUAAUGGAGAUACUUAACGAAGAAUUUUCAGGGGCAGAGAUGCAGUAUGAUGUGGCAAACAGUGACCAAGAAAAACAGACUAGUGAAGUAUUAACGAACUUGACUCUGUUAUACAAAAAUACCAGCAAGGAUAUUCUGUCUUCCUUAUUAUUGACAUUCAGAAGAUUACAUUAUAGCUUCCCCAGAGGAAAUGGUCCGGGUAACGGCAAAGAGUACUGCAAUGAUGUGGUGGUCUGGAGAAAAGUUUCUGAGUCACGCAGUUUGAGCAAUAACUUCAUCUGUGGCUUGAUGGAAGUGAUGCACGGGGUCCCUGAGGCCUCCAGCUGCAAGGGUGGACAGAAUCUUGGCACCAGCUGUUCUAGAAGCCCACAUCUGGAGACCACUGUGUGCCAGCUUACUACGGGCAAAUAAUUCCCCGGAUACCAACACAACAGUGGUGACUCGUUAAAGAAAACAUUGGCAGUGCUGACAGGUCAUUCUCUGAUGAGCUGGUUGGUUAGUGGCUCUAAGCUGUAAAUCCCACAGGGCUUUGAGACUGGAGUCUCGCUAAAGAAAGACAUCCUUAUUCUCAUUAUUGUUUAUUUCCUUCUAGUAUCCAUACCUACCUUUUCAGCAAU